UUAAACGCAAAUUUAAAAUUCCAAAUAAAAAUUUCCAGAAUCGCUGGUUUGGCGUCCGCGUUCACAUUCAAUUUCAAAUCAACGCAUUCCUGGCGAUCGUUUUCGUCACAAAAAUUGGUCGUCGCUCUCUGAUUCACAAAUCACUUCCCAUUUUUCCACUCCCACUACAGGCUGUCAAAUUACCAAAAAUCAAGGAAAUGGCGGCAGAAUCUUCAUAAAUACCUACAGCCACAGCCAGUGCGAGAUCCGCGUUCUUCUCUUACAUUCUCAGAUGGAUCGGACCGGAAGGGAAGGCGAUAUGGAUGAGAAGCUGAGCGAGAUGGAUCCGAAUCAGAAGAGUAAGAGAUCAGUUAGAGGAGAGGGAUUAAUGGCCGAAGAAUCGAUGUCUGUGGAGAGGAAUUUCGAAGCGCAAGAGGUGCCGUCGUGGCCGAACCAGCUGACGGCGAGAGCGUUUCUAGUGAGCUUUGGGCUGAGCGUGAUGUUCAGUUUCAUCGUGAUGAAGCUCAACUUGACCACCGGUGUUAUUCCUUCGCUCAAUGUCUCCGCCGGACUUCUUGGCUUCUUCUUCGUCAAGACCUGGACCAAAUUUCUCGAGAAAUCUGGAUUUCUUAAGCAGCCCUUCACCCGCCAGGAGAACACCGUGAUUCAGACUUGUGUUGUCGCUUCCUCCGGCCUCGCCUUCAGCGGAGGUUUUGGGAGCUAUCUAUUUGGACUGAGUGAGCGCAUUAGCAAGCAAUCGGCCGGAGAUGUGAAUGACUUCAAGAACCCUUCAUUAGGAUGGAUUAUUGGUUUUCUUUUCAUCGUCAGCUUUCUCGGCCUCUUCUCGGUCGUGCCUCUACGGAAGAUAAUGAUCAUAGAUUUCAAAUUGACCUACCCAAGUGGUACUGCCACAGCACAUCUUAUCAACAGUUUCCACACUCCUCGAGGAGCCAAACUAGCCACGAAGCAAGUGAGAACGCUUGGGAAGUUCUUCUCUUUCAGCUUCUUGUGGGGCUUCUUCCAAUGGUUCUUCACUGCCGGAGAUGAUUGUGGAUUUGUCAAUUUCCCUACAUUUGGCCUCAAAGCUUACGAAUACAAAUUUUUCUUCGAUUUCUCUGCAACAUAUGUUGGGGCAGGAAUGAUUUGUCCGUACAUCGUUAACAUAUCUAUAUUGCUUGGAGGAAUUCUUUCGUGGGGUAUAAUGUGGCCUCUCAUCGAGACUAGAAAAGGAGAUUGGUUCAGUGCUGAUCUGAAGCCUUCCAGCUUUCAUGGCCUUCAAGGCUACAAGGUGUUUAUCGCCAUUGCCUUGAUUCUGGGUGAUGGGAUUUACAACUUUGUUAAGGUGGUGGCAAAAACUCUAUCAGGUUUGUACCAUCAGCUGAGGAAGAAAGAUGUGAUCCCGGUCUCUGAUGCUUCCCCUUCUUCGGCCUCCGACAUAUCAUUUGAUGACAAACGAAGGACUCAAAUCUUCCUCAAAGAUCAGAUUCCCUCGUGGUUUGCCAUCGGAGGCUAUGUUGCGAUUGCAGCCAUAGCGAUAGCCACUUUGCCGCACAUGUUUCCACAGCUGAAAUGGUAUUACAUAUUGGUCAUCUAUGUGAUUGCACCGGCACUAGCUUUCUGCAACGCUUAUGGCUGUGGGCUGAGUGAUUGGUCCCUUGCGUCUACCUAUGGAAAGUUUGCCAUCUUCACGAUUGGGGCGUGGGCUGGCAGUACACAUGGAGGAGUCGUGGCAGGCUUAGUAGCUUGCGGAGUGAUGAUGAACAUCGUCUCGACGGCAUCGGAUUUGAUGCAGGAUUUCAAGACCGGAUACAUGACACUAGCUUCACCACGUUCCAUGUUUGUGAGCCAAGUGAUAGGCACUGCAAUGGGAUGUGUCAUAUCUCCCUGUGUGUUUUGGCUAUUCUACAAGGCAUUUGAUGACCUUGGCCAGCCUGGGAGUGAAUAUCCAGCGCCUUAUGCAGCUGUAUACCGAAACAUGGCUCUUCUCGGGGUCGAGGGCUUCUCUAGUCUCCCAAAGAACUGCCUCACCUUAUGCUAUGUGUUCUUUGCAGCAGCCAUUGUUAUCAAUGUGAUAAGAGACUUAUCAGGGAAGAAGGUCAGUCGGUACAUUCCAAUACCAAUGGCAAUGGCGAUUCCGUUCUACAUAGGCUCGUAUUUCGCCAUCGACAUGUGCCUCGGAAGCCUGAUAUUGUUUGUGUGGGAGAAGAUAAACAAGGCCAAGGCUGAAGCUUUCGGACCUGCGGUGGCGUCGGGUCUGAUAUGUGGCGAUGGAAUAUGGACAUUGCCCAGCUCCAUCCUGGCUCUGGCUGGAGUUAAGCCUCCUAUUUGCAUGAAGUUUCUAUCGAGGGCCACAAACAUUAAGGUUGAUAAUUUCUUAGCAUCAUGAUUCAUGAAGCUUUUGUUCGCAGCCACAACAGAAGGUAAUAUUCUAAAUAUAUUUAGUGUGUUUAUAUUAUAAGCUUCACAGUACACAAGGGACUCAACCAGCUCCUUUUGAUGUCUAGUUUUUUUUUUUUUUUUUUGAGAUAAAAUCUCCUUGAUGUCUAGUUAGUUGUGAUUCAACUGUCACUGUCGUAUAUUAUGCAUGAACUCUUACGCAUGUUGUCAAAAUAUUUAUAAAUAGUUGUUUUCUGGUCAAA